UGAGUGUGUUUAUCUUAAAGCAAUGGUCCAAUAUUAGAAGCCUCUAAUCAUUUCGUUCUUCACGAGCCCAAAAAAAUAAAGGGGAAAAAAUAAUAGAGAAUAAGAAAAAAAGUAAAGAAAAAGCACAGUGGCACGCCCCUCAUCAUCGACCUCCUUUUGCUUUUCCUUCAAAUUUUUCCUGGGUUGUUGCUGGUUGCAGCAAUGAGAGCUGCAAAUAAGCUUUAGGAAAAGAAGAAACAAAAAAGAAAUUCAAAAGGGUACCCGAAAAAUGCCUUUUCAUCCGCAUUCCUUUUGAGCUCGUCAACAAUGGCCGAUGAUCUCUCUUCCUUCGCCAAGGAUGUUUUGCUUGUAAAGGGUUUGAAGAGUUCUACGUUGGUGUGGAGGCUGGUCGUGUUGACCUUAGCUAUGGUCUGUGGCGUGUAUAUAUGUUCUAUUUGUCUGAAGCAGAUAGGCACCAGCAGCAAGAUUGGUUUUCUAGACAUUAAGGUCAUCCAAAAGCCAUGCCCAGAACCUAACAUUGAACCUUGGGAGAUUCCUUAUGUGCACUAUCCAAAUCCAAAAACUUACAGCAGGGCGGAAUGCGCUUGCAACCCUGUGCGUUAUUUUACUAUUCUGUCAAUGCAGAGAUCUGGGAGUGGAUGGUUUGAGACGUUUUUAAACAGUCAUGAUAACAUAAGCUCAAAUGGGGAAGUCUUUUCGGUUAAGGUUAGAAGGAGUAAUAUGUCAACAAUAACAGAGACUCUGGAUACAAUUUAUAAUCUAGACUGGUUUAGCAGUGCUUCAAAAAAUGAGUGCACAUCUGCUGUCGGCUUGAAGUGGAUGCUUAAUCAGGGAUUGAUGCAGCAUCAUGAACAAAUUGCUGAAUACUUCAGAAUACACGGUGUUUCAGUCAUAUUUCUUUUCAGAAGGAAUCUUUUGCGUCGGAUGAUUUCUGUACUUGCCAACGAAUAUGACAGGAAUGCUAAGAUAUUAAAUGGGACUCACAAAUCUCAUGUUCAUUCACCCACGGAGGCAGAAAUACUUGCAAAAUACAAGCCCACAAUCAAUUCAACAUUAUUGAUUGCAAACUUGAGGCAAGUGAAUGAAACCACCACCAAAGCUUUGGAAUAUUUCAAGAGCACUAGGCACAUUAUCCUGUACUAUGAAGAUGUUGUCAAAAACCGCACUAAAUUGGCAGACGUUCAGGAUUUUCUGAAGGUUCCUAGAAUGGGUUUGAAGAGUCGUCAAGUGAAGAUACAUAAAGGGUCCUUAUCAAGCCAAGUAGAAAAUUGGAAUGACGUGAGCAAAGCACUCACAGGGACACCAUAUGAGAGUUUCCUCCAAGAUUAUCGUAGGGAGGAGGCACCUAACCUAAAAGUCAAAACAUUCAUUGCAGAAGUACGAAGUUGACACGGUGGCUUCAUUAUGUCACAGGUAAAGCCAUUCUUGACCCGGUCCUGUUCCUAAACAACAUGCAUGUAUGUAAAUACAACGUUCCAAGCCAAGCCACCACCAAACACAACUACUUUUAAAAAAACAUGUAUUAUAUUUAUUGACGUUUAAUGGAAAUUUGGAACCAAGAAACCCUGAAUUAAAAGAUGCAAAUUGAACCCUUAAAUUAAAGCCACUUUUAAAAGUUUUCCAUAACUUAAAUGCAUAAACUUAGAUAUUAUGGCACUCUUUUUUAAUUGGAAUUGUAAUUUUAAUUUGAUAAUGUGUUAAACUUUAAUGUCAAUAUUUAUAAUACAGAUUAUCAUAAUCAAACUUCAAUUCUAAUUAAAAUUCGUACUAAUAAUAGUUAUUUUACUGCACUUUAGCUUUAUCUUUCAAUAAAAACAUGUGGUUUUUAUCCAUCAUCAAUAAGGAUUAACACACUUAAUAAAUUCUUUGUGGAAAAAUGCUAUUAGGAAGAUUCUAACCAGUGCUCACACUAGGUUAGGAAUUAAAAUAAAAUAAUUUUUACUCAAACAUGUAAAAUUACAUUUAUACUCGUGUUCUUUUUAAUGAAUUUCAAUACAAUUUUUUAUAAAAAUUUAUUAUUUAUUAAUUCAUUAACUAAUUUUCUAAGAAAAUUGGUUAGCAAGACCAAUGUUAUGAUAACAAGAUAAUAUUUUCAACUGGUCCAAAAGUUUUAUUAUACCGAGCUUUUAUGUUUGGAAUGUAGCCAAUGAAUUGUGUGGAGUAGGCUGAAGAGUAAUAAAGACUCAGGAUAAUUAAAUUUAUUUAAUUAUUUUAAAAAAAUUCAGUGUAUUAUACGUGCACUGUACAAAUAUUUUAAAUAAAAAU